AUGAAAAUCAAAAAGGGGUCCCGAAAUGACCACCAUAGACGGCAAUCGUCCGACGACGCCGCCAAAGAGUUCUACGCUGAAGCCCGGGCCAAAUUGCGACGGGCAGAAGAACACCAGCGGAACAACCAGCGUCGUGUGCGGGUUGACCGAAACUCCGGCUUUGCAGACUUCCCCGAGUACGGAAGAGCCGAGAAUCAGCAUUCGCGCGAGAACUCGGUUGAACAGGAGGAAGAAGAAGACACUCCUUCGGAGGAGGAGGACGACGACUUCGACGCCUCUCAAAGCCUGCCUCCUUUCUACGUGUCCGGAAACUCGGGCCCCACUCGAAACUUCCCCCGAGGAAUCUACGACAACAUUGUGGAGGCCUAUGGAGUGCCUCUGAAGCACCAGUCCUCCGCCACCGGCGAAAUGAACCCCGUCGAGAGCGAGGAGAUGCUUCAUUUGCUCAUUGCCCAGGCGCAUUUCAACGGCCUUCCCAUUCCCGUUUUCACUCUCACCCCCAACGCUAAAGAGACCUUCUGGAGAGACAAAAACAUGGACUUUUACACAGACGACCCGCCCGUCAGCGUGCCUGGUCCUCGGGAGGAAGAGCGAUCUCGACACAGCCAACAGACCGAAAGACCCCCUCUCCCUGCCUUCUGGGAGAUUCUACAGCGUAUCAUCACCAACGUGGUGUCAUUUGCCAACACAGAGCUGCGACCUAUUGGCGAGGAGAUCCAGAGACUCUUUAACACCUUCGAGCCCGAUCUACAGCAGAGCGUGCAGGACCACAUGAGUCGUCUGCAGCAGCACGGGCUCGAGGCUGCUGCCCAGGCUGCCGCUAAGGCCCGAGAGAAGAACUUCCGGGUCUGUGUAGGCGACAAGCAGUUCACCCUCGAUAAUUUGUUCGAGGCGCUUAACCUGGAUGUCCCCAUUAUUGACAGCACCGAUGUUACUGAUGCCACCGAAGACGGCACCGAGGCUACUUCUGCCUCUGCCUCUGCCUCUGCUGCGCCCAGAACAGAGCCGUCGCGUGAUGGCCGUGGCUCUCAUGACCUUUGGAGACCUCGACACGCUCCUGGGGCUCACGCUUACCACCCUGGUUCAUGCCGGCACAACCACGGCCUCAGCGACGAGCCCAAGCGACGUGGUGACGACUUCCCCAAAUCGUUCGAUCAGGAGAAGCGACAUCGACACGGAGGUCGACACGGUCAUCAUGGAGGACGACAUGGUCAUGGGCACGUCCAUGGACCCGGUAACACCCACAUCCUGGGUCCCAUGAUGGGACACCACACACGUCCUGUGCCCACACCCCCUCCUUCUCGGCCUGUUAUGGGAUCUUCCACCUCCACAGGACCCCAUUUCCAUGCCUUGAACCAGACCGCCGCGGCUCCAUCUCCCUCGCAAUAUGGCCCCCCUACUGGGCCCCCUCCUGGCCAUAUGGUUGAGCGGCCGUUUGCCUUCAUUCCUCCCGCCGGCACGACUCUGGCCGAUGAGCUCAUGCCCACAGCCCCCGUGAGUAGCGAGGGCCACUAUGGCCCUCCUCCGGAGCGUGAGAUUGUUGACCUUGACGCUGCGGAGAUGACCGAGGCCGCCGAGCUGGCCGAGGUCAUUGCUUCCUCUCGACAUUCACACGCUUCAGAGGUUCCUUCAUCCCGUCAUUCUGAGCGCUCUGAGCGUUCCGAGCGUUCUGGACGUUCUGAACGAUCCGGUCGAUCAGGCAGAUCCUCGCGAUCUAACAGAAAGGGACUCUCCGAGGCCGAGAAGCACAAGAUCGAGGUCUCCGAGUACUACAAGCAGUACUGGAAGCAGUACUUUGCCAGCAGACAGGGACAGGCUGUCGACGACCCUCCUCCUCCUCCUCCUCCCAUGGCUUCUGUCUCCAUGCCCGAGGUCCAGCAUGACAAUGAAGCUUACGAUGGCCAGAUUCGACUUGAGGAUAGCGAGUUUGAGUCCGAGGACGAUAUUUGGGUCGAGGCUAGCCGUGAGCAGAAGUAG